CAUUUUUGAAAUGAAUAAAGAAACUAAAUGAGGAAAUUAACGUACAAGCCAAAUAAAACUAGCAAAAACUGCCAAGUCGACAUACGUUUUUUCCAAGCGGGCACAUUUCACGCACACGGGUUUGACGUUUGAUGGAGUUUCAAUUCGAAAGGGAAAUUCAGCCCAACGAAUAGCAGUUUGUUUUGUUUAUACAGCGCGCUUGUGUUGCUCCGUAAUUGCAACUUAUUUUUUCCCAGCAAACGUGCUAACGAGGAGAUUCCAACUAUGACUCCGUCAGACUUUGAUUUCGUGGCAAAGCACGUGUACAUCAACUUGGAGCAUGUCAAUCGUUACCUCGGUAAAGCGAAAAUUGCUUCUAAAUUUCUCUCCAACGGAAACAAUGCUGACGAUUUGCUGGAGACUUUACUCACCAUCGCAAAGGAAGAAGUACCGGAACCAGCAAGUGCAGCGAAAGUGUUCGAUCUUCUGGAGCGCCCCAGUGAGGAAGAAAUUGACACACUAUUCGAUACAAUCCGUUCACGACCAUCCAGUGCCAACAGCAGCAACAAGAAUCAACGACAUGGAUCUUUCAAGAAAACAACAGCCGCACCAUUGCAACAAUCACGAUUGCUGAACGAAACCAACUUGAUAUCGAACACAAUUACAUCGUUGGGUACUUCCUGCCCCGAUCUGACUGGAUCGGCCAACAAAUCCACCCCUGCACCGUUCAAACAACCUGCGAUCGAUGUAGAAGCGCUGGUUAAUAAGUUACGACAGUCGAUCAAUGUGCUGGGUUCGAUCGAAAACGAGAGGAUUGAGAACAUCGAUCUGCCACAGAUCCGUCAGCAGUUCCAGCGAGAAUGGGCAAGCGACAUGAAGGCUUGUCGCAACGUAGAGGCCUUGCUGGAUGAGUUCAAGCGGCAGACAGAUAAAAAUGGAUCGGUUGCAAUUAAGAAGGAACCACUGAUAAGCAGUGAGCUAGUGAAAUCGAUGAAACAAUUACAAACGAAAUUACAUUACGCGGUAUCGAUUAGAAACGCUGAAGUACUACCCGACAUGACAAAAACGCUCAGCAAGGAAGUAUUCCCGCUGUCCCAGUGUUUCGAUACGAUCGACGAAACCAUCAGACAGAAGCAGCUGUAAAAUCCCUGUAAGCUGUGUACCAUAUUCGGUUUAUUAAAUACAUAGGUUACUUCUUUAUAAUCAA